CCGCUCCGGCAGCCUCCAGCCAGCAUGGAGAAGGACAGCCUGAGCCGCGCCGACCAGCAGUAUGAGUGCGUGGCGGAGAUCGGCGAGGGCGCCUACGGGAAGGUGUUCAAGGCCCGCGACCUGAAGAACGGUGGCCGCUUCGUGGCUCUGAAGCGCGUGCGGGUGCAGACCGGCGAGGAGGGCAUGCCGCUCUCCACUAUCCGCGAGGUGGCGGUGCUGAGGCACCUGGAGACCUUCGAGCACCCCAACGUGGUCAGGUUGUUUGAUGUGUGCACAGUGUCACGGACAGACAGAGAAACGAAACUUACACUAGUGUUUGAGCAUGUAGAUCAAGACUUGACCACUUACUUGGAUAAAGUUCCCGAGCCCGGAGUACCCACAGAAACCAUAAAGGAUAUGAUGUUCCAGCUUCUCCGCGGACUGGACUUCCUUCAUUCUCACCGAGUAGUGCAUCGAGACCUAAAGCCACAGAACAUUCUGGUGACCAGCAGUGGACAGAUAAAGCUGGCUGACUUUGGCCUUGCCCGCAUCUAUAGUUUUCAAAUGGCCCUUACCUCGGUGGUCGUCACGCUGUGGUACCGAGCCCCAGAAGUCCUCCUCCAGUCCAGCUACGCCACCCCUGUGGACCUCUGGAGUGUCGGCUGCAUAUUUGCAGAAAUGUUCCGCAGAAAGCCUCUUUUUCGUGGCAGUUCAGAUGUGGAUCAACUAGGAAAAAUCUUGGACGUGAUUGGACUCCCAGGAGAAGAAGACUGGCCUAGGGAUGUUGCCCUUCCCAGGCAGGCUUUUCAUUCCAAAUCUGCCCAACCCAUCGAGAAGUUCGUGACAGACAUUGAUGAACUAGGCAAAGACCUACUUCUGAAAUGCUUGACAUUUAAUCCAGCUAAAAGAAUAUCCGCCUAUGGCGCCCUCAGUCACCCGUACUUCCAAGACCUGGAGAGAUACAAGGACAGCCUGCAUUCUCACCUGUCGUCCAGCCAGGGCACCUCGGAGCUGAACACAGCCUGAGGUUCCCCACGGAUGCCGUGAGCUAGUCAUCUGAACAUGUCACCGGUGGCUGCCGCGUCCCCUAAG